AGGCGUCACUCAGGGCGAGAGGCAGAGAACAACGAGGCGCGCCGGGCCAGGCCAGGCCCGCAAGCCCAGGAUCCGGCAGGGGAGCUUUCGGCCGAGCGUACUCAGUGCGCCUGCCCCGUGCGUGCGCGCGCGCUCGUGAGCUCGCUCCCCGGGCCGCGCGCCCCGGUGCUCGCGAAAGCUCGCUGUCGCUGGGAGGCGCGCGCCGGCGUUCCUCGGCCGCUCCGGGUACCUGAGGGACGCGCGGCCGCCCCCGGCAGGCGGUGCAGCCCCCCCCCCCCACCCCUUGGAGCCAGGCGCCGGGGUCUGAGAUAUUUCAGUUGAAGGAAGAAAUAGCUCUUCUCCUAAGAUGGAAUCUGUGGUUUGGGAAUGUGGUUGAUCAACUUGAUAUGUUGGCCAAAUGUGCCCCAUGUAAUAAAAUGAAAAGAAGAGACAAGAUGAUGUCAUUUUCCCAUAUUGUGAAACCAAAAACAAACGCCUUUUAUGAGACCAAGCUAACAAACCUCUGACGGUGCGAAGAGUAUUUAACUGUUUGAAGAAUUUAACAGUAAGAUACAGAAGAAGUACCUUCGAGCUGAGACCUGCAGGUGUAUAAAUAUCUAAAAUACAUAUUGCAUAGGCCUGAUCAUCUGAAUCUCCUUCAGACCCAGGAAGGAUGGCUAUGACUUGGAUUGUCUUCUCUUUUUGGCCCUUGACUGUGUUCAUGGGGCAUAUAGGUGGGCACAGUUUGUUUUCUUGUGAACCUAUUACCUUGAGGAUGUGCCAAGAUUUGCCUUAUAAUACUACCUUCAUGCCUAAUCUUCUGAAUCAUUAUGACCAACAGACAGCAGCUUUGGCAAUGGAGCCAUUCCACCCUAUGGUGAAUCUGGAUUGUUCUCGGGAUUUCCGGCCUUUUCUUUGUGCACUCUACGCUCCUAUUUGUAUGGAAUAUGGACGUGUCACACUUCCCUGUCGUAGGCUGUGUCAGCGGGCUUACAGUGAGUGUUCGAAGCUCAUGGAGAUGUUUGGUGUUCCUUGGCCUGAAGAUAUGGAAUGCAGUAGGUUCCCAGAUUGUGAUGAGCCAUAUCCUCGACUUGUGGAUCUGAAUUUAGCUGGAGAACCAACUGAAGGAGCCCCAGUGGCAGUGCAGAGAGACUAUGGUUUUUGGUGUCCCCGAGAGUUAAAAAUUGAUCCUGAUCUGGGUUAUUCUUUUCUGCACGUGCGUGAUUGUUCACCUCCUUGUCCAAAUAUGUACUUCAGAAGAGAAGAACUGUCAUUUGCUCGCUAUUUCAUAGGAUUGAUUUCAAUCAUUUGCCUCUCGGCCACGUUGUUUACUUUUUUAACUUUUUUGAUUGAUGUCACAAGAUUCCGUUAUCCUGAAAGGCCUAUUAUAUUUUAUGCAGUCUGCUACAUGAUGGUGUCCUUAAUUUUCUUCAUUGGAUUUUUGCUUGAAGAUCGAGUAGCCUGCAAUGCAUCCAUCCCUGCACAAUAUAAGGCUUCCACAGUGACACAAGGAUCUCAUAAUAAAGCCUGUACCAUGCUUUUUAUGAUACUCUAUUUUUUUACUAUGGCUGGCAGUGUAUGGUGGGUAAUUCUUACCAUCACAUGGUUUUUAGCAGCUGUGCCAAAGUGGGGUAGUGAAGCUAUUGAGAAGAAAGCAUUGCUGUUUCACGCCAGUGCAUGGGGCAUCCCCGGAACUCUAACCAUCAUCCUUUUAGCGAUGAAUAAAAUUGAAGGUGACAAUAUUAGUGGCGUGUGUUUUGUUGGCCUCUACGAUGUUGAUGCAUUGAGAUAUUUUGUUCUUGCUCCCCUCUGCCUGUAUGUGGUAGUUGGGGUUUCUCUCCUCUUAGCUGGCAUUAUAUCCCUAAACAGAGUUCGAAUUGAGAUUCCAUUAGAAAAGGAGAACCAAGAUAAAUUAGUGAAGUUUAUGAUCCGGAUUGGUGUUUUCAGCAUUCUUUAUCUCGUACCACUUUUGGUUGUAAUUGGAUGCUACUUUUAUGAGCAAGCUUACCGGGGCAUCUGGGAAACAACGUGGAUACAAGAACGCUGCAGAGAAUAUCACAUUCCAUGUCCGUAUCAGGUUACUCAAAUGAGUCGUCCAGACUUGAUUCUCUUUCUGAUGAAAUACCUGAUGGCUCUCAUAGUUGGCAUUCCCUCUGUAUUUUGGGUUGGAAGCAAAAAGACAUGCUUUGAAUGGGCCAGUUUUUUUCAUGGUCGUAGGAAAAAAGAGAUAGUGAAUGAGAGCCGACAGGUACUCCAGGAACCUGAUUUUGCUCAGUCUCUCCUGAGGGAUCCAAAUACUCCUAUCAUAAGAAAGUCAAGGGGAACUUCCACUCAAGGAACAUCCACCCAUGCUUCUUCAACUCAGCUGGCUAUGGUGGAUGAUCAAAGAAGCAAAGCAGGAAGCAUCCACAGCAAAGUGAGCAGCUACCACGGCAGCCUCCACAGAUCACGUGAUGGCAGGUACACGCCCUGCAGUUACAGAGGAAUGGAGGAGAGACUACCUCAUGGCAGCAUGUCACGACUAACAGAUCACUCCAGGCAUAGUAGUUCUCAUCGGCUCAAUGAACAGUCACGACAUAGCAGCAUCAGAGAUCUCAGUAAUAAUCCCAUGACUCAUAUCACACAUGGCACCAGCAUGAAUCGGGUUAUUGAAGAAGAUGGAACCAGUGCUUAAUUUGUCUUGUCUAAGGUGGAAACCUUGUGCUGUUUAAAAAGCAGAUUUUAUUCUUUGCCUUUUGCAUGACUGAUAGCUGUAACUCACUGUUAACAUGCUUUCAGUCAAGUACAGAUUGUGUCCACUGGAAAGGUAAAUGUUUGCUUUUUUAUAUUGCAUCAAACUUGGAACACCAAGGCAUCCAAAACACUAAGAAUUCUAUCAUCACAAAAAUAAUUCGUCUUUCUAGGUUAUGAAGAGAUAAUUAUUUGUCUGGUAAGCAUUUUUAUAAACCCACUCAUUUUAUAUUUAGAAAAAUCCUAAAUGUGUGGUGACUGCUUUGUAGUGAACUUUCAUAUACUAUAAACUAGUUGUGAGAUAACAUUCUGGUAGCUCAGUUAAUAAAACAAUUUCAGAAUUAAAGAAAUUUUCUAUGCAAGGUUUACUUCUCAGAUGAACAGUAGGACUUUGUAGUUUUAUUUCCACUAAGUGAAAAAAGAACUGUGUUUUUAAACUGUAGGAGAAUUUAAUAAAUCAGCGAGGGUAUUUUGGCUAAUAGAAUAAAAGUGCAACAGAAGAAUUGAUUAGUCUAUGAAAGGUUCUCUUAAAAUUCUAUCGAAAUAAUCUUCAUGCAGAGAUAUUCAGGGUUUGGAUUAGCAGUGGAAUAAAGAGAUGGGCCUUGUUUCCCCUAUAAUUGUGCUGUUUUUAUAACUUUUGUAAAUAUUACUUUUACUGGCUGUGUUUUUAUAACUUAUCCAUAUGCAUGAUGGAAAAAUUUUAAUUUGUAGCCAUCUUUUCCCAUGUAAUAGUAUUGAUUCAUAGAGAACUUAAUGUUCAAAAUUUGCUUUGUGGAGGCAUGUAAUAAGAUAAACAUCAUACAUUAUAAGGUAACCACAAUUACAAAAUGGCAAAACAUUUUCUCUGUAUUCAUUGUUGUAUUUUUCUACAGUGAGAUGUGAUCUUGCCAAAGCCACCAGACCUUGGCUUCCAGGCCCUCCUAUAGUGAGUUGAUUGUCUGCACUUGCCUUGCCCAAUAGCCAGUAGGCUACAGCUUUUGCCCCACACCCUUAUUUUCAGAUUCUGGAUCAUUCUUGUUUACAACUGAAAUAUAUAUAACCUCAGUCCAAAGUGGUGAUUGAUUUGAGUAUUUGAAAAUUGUUGUAGCUAAAUGAAGCAUGAUUAGUUAGUCUUAGUAUGAAUAUCAUUUAAUCUUUAAAAAAUCAAGUAAAAAUGUUUAUCUGAUAAUGUUUAAAUAAUUUACAAUAUAAACUGUAAACCUUAUUAGGCAUGAAAUCAAUCAGAAGAGAAAGAAAAAUGCUGGAACAUGCUUGAUGUAUUAUGUAAAAAGCAUAUUUAAACAAGGGUCCUCAACCCUGACUGCAGAUAAGAAUCACUUGGGUUACUUCAGAUGCCUAACACCUUCCUCUCAUACAAAUAAGAACUGGUAGCUUUCUUAAAAAAAAAAAAAAAAGUGUUCCAGGUGAUUCUAAUCUGCAUCCUGGCUUGAAACUCACUACUUUAACUUGCCCCUGAUGAUCUGAUGACAUCGUAUAUCACAUGAGCAUCCACAUGGAUUCAGUCUUUUGCUUUUAUAUCAUUAUCUAAUAUUCAGUUGUUCUGCACCUGAUGCCAAAUUCUGGGCUCUACUCCUAGAGAGACUUAGUAAGGCCAAAGUGAUAGGACUUUAAAAUCUGUAGUUAUAAAAAUACCGCAGGUGAUUCUUACGCAGGUAAUCCAAGAAUCAUACUUUGAAGAAUUAUUCUAGACUCUGAAGAGGCCUGGCUCUGCCUUAUGCUAUUAUAGUUUAUGACCUUUAACAAUUUAACUCUCCGAGCCUCAGUUCCCUUGUUUGUAAAUGAAGAUAGAAGAUAAAUACGUACUCUACCUACCUCACAAAGCUGUCAGAUUAAGAUCAAGUGAAAAAAAUUAUGUGAAAGCUCUUUGAAAACUGUAAAGCAUUAUGAAUGAUAAGGGAUUAGGUUAUUGUGGAUUUAAGAGGUGUGAGGACUGCUAUAGUACAUUCCUUGACGUGUGUUGAAUUCAUGUAUACUUUCUUACCCUUUAAAACAAAAACUGCCAAGAAAUUAGGUGUUGGAAAAGAAUUUUCUCAUCAGGCAGCAAAGUCAGUUUUCUGAUAGUAAUAAUUUGUCUAUUAUGUUAUAUAUUUCAAAGUACAUGUAUGAUAAUAUAACUUAUUCUUCAUGAGAGAUAUUUGAAUAUUUGGCCCAAAAUGUUUUUCAUUUUUCUCUGUGUUCAUUGCCUUUCUCCUUGGAGCUGGAGUUAAUGCUCAAAGCAGGCAGGUCUGAAUUCCCUCAUAACUGACAAUUAGUAAACAUUUUCUCUGAAAGCCAAACAUAUAACAACUUAUUUAUCAGUAAUUCAUGAAGCUUUUGUCUGAGAAUCUCUCCUGCAAACAGCAUGAGAGAACUAAAACAAACAUUCACAAACAAAAAUAAGUUAAAAUAGAAGGUACCAGUUUGGGCUCGAAGAUGUUGUCAUCCAUUGCCAUCUGCAUAAUAUUAUCAACUGCCAAAAUGUUAAUUGGUUUUCUUUUACAAGUGGGCCAAGUAUAGACAGUUAAGUGAACAUCACUAUGAAAAUCUUAACUUUGUGCUUCUAGAUUUUUAGAUAAUCAUUUGUAUUUUCUCUAUUAAAUUGUGGGUAUGUAUGGGAAUACUGUAUUGACUUUUCAGUUACUUUCAGUAAGUAUCUUAAUUUUGUCCCACAAAAUUUAUGUAAUAUUAUUAAUCCAUGGUUUUAAACAACAGUAUUUAGUUUGGGCAGCAGUUUUAAGUCUAACUAGCUUAAACCAAUCUGAAUAAGUCUGGACAGUUUUCCUACCAUAUGUUUAACUUUGAUUGGCAUAUGAUAAUGUUUAGUGUUUUCUUUUUUCAGUUGACAACUGAGAAAAUAAUAGUUCUCUCUAACAUGUUAAUAUAUUAUCAAAAGGUUUUCAAAAAGUACUUUGAUUUCAGCAACAUUGUUUUAUUCAGUAAUUAGACGAAAGAUCUAAGAUAAUAUUAAACUCAAAACAGUUUGUUUCAAAGAACAAUUGGUUAAUAACUCAGCUGGCAUAGGGAUUCAUACACAGUUUUUCAAUAAAUAUUUAAAUGAACAAUUCAUGUCACACAACUUGCUUUUACCCUAGUACUGAGUCUCACAUCAAAGAAAUUUGAAAGAUCUAUAACCUAUGUGAAAUGAAGUCUCUGCUUUACCAGAAUAAUAUGUGGCAGGUAAUAAAUAUGUAAAGUACACCAAAUGAAACAUAUUUUGCAUAGAUAACAGUCCAUAUUACUAUUAUAAUUAAAUAUAUGUACAGACAUGUACCAAUCCUUUUAAUUAAUUUUAGAAGAUGAACAGUGAUUCUUAGAAGUGAGUAAUUAGACUCCUUUUAGUCUUAUGCUGUUAGAUCUUUGUGGACCAGCUGGGUAAAUGAAUCUUCAAAUCAACCUUUCUUCUUCUGCUGCUCUUAGAGCAGAUUUAUAAAAAUUCUAAGAAUGUCUUCAAAUUAGAAAAAUUUACUACAUUUUAACCUACCUCAUCAGUUUCUUUGUGAUAAUAGCUGAAAAUAACUCAAACUGUACCCAUCUUAGUUUAGGCUAUAUCUCUGUGAAAUGAAAGGAACCACUUAAUUUUUUUAUAUAAAUUAGUGAAUCAUUUGCUGGAGCUUAGAAAAUAUUAACAUACCAAAAUUUCAUUAUGAUGAUAUUUAUAUUGCUUUUUGACAUGCCAAAGGUACAUUUACAUAUUACCAUAUUUGGAUGACUUACAUAGUCUGGUGUAAUGAAAAUUCCCCUGGGAUUGGAAUUUUAAGACUCAUGAUGUCAACUGGGCUGGUCAUUUAAUUUCUCUGAGUCUUUGUUUCUUCAAUGUGAAAUGUGGAUAAGGUAAUUUUUGGUUUUAGCCUCCCUCACUGGAUAUUGUAAGGAUCAAAUGAAAUAAUAUUUAUUAUAAAUGCUCUGUAAUUUAAGUAAAUUAUUCUACUUAAAAAAUUUUUUUAUAGAGACAGGGUCUUGCUCUGUCACACAGGCUGGAGAGCAGUGGCAUAAUCAUAGUUCAUUAUAACCUUGAACUCCUAGGCUCAAGCAGUCCUCCAGCUUCAGCCUCCCAAGUAGCUAAGACUGUAGGCAUGCACCACUACACCUGGCUAAUUUUAAUUUUUUUUUCUUUUUUUGAGACGGAGUCUGGCUUUGUUGCCCAGGCUGGAGUGCAGUGGCACAAUCUCAGCUCACUGCAACCUCCACCUCCCGGGUUCAAGUGAUUGUUCUGCCUCAGCCUCCCGAGUAAAACUGGGACUACAGGUGCGUGCCACCACAUCCAGCUAGUUUUUGUAUUUUUAGUGGAGAUGGAGUUUUGCCAUGUUGGCCAGGAGUUUUGCCAUGUUGGUCUCAAACUCCUGACCUCAAGUGAUCCGCCCACCUCAGCCUCCCAAAGUGCUAGGAUUACAGGCAUGAGUCACUGCACCUGGCUUAAUUUUAAUUUUUUUAAUUUUUUGUAGAGAUGAGUCUCACUAUGUUGACCAGGCUGGUCUUGAACUCCUGGCCUCCUAAAGCACUGGGAUUACAAGCAUGAGCCACCAUGCCUGAUCCAUAAAUUGUUCUACUGAUACCAUUUGGUUUUGUUAGAAUUUGGGGGGGCUGUAGAAAACAAGGUUACAGUCUUCAUUAGUAUUUCUUUUUAGCAAUAACAACAAAAUAGGCAAUUAGACCAGUGUUCAUUUGGUACAGUCUUUAAAUUGGUCAUCCAAUUAACCUUUAAAAAGUAGGUUAUGCUCUUAAAUUGUAUUGGUUCUUUAAUAUGUGUUAUACCAGAGUAUGCACUCAAAUUUUAUGUAGUCUAAUUUGUAGAACAAAUUUGGGGAUAUUCAUUUUAUUUUUCCUUUUAUAUGAAAUUGUAUAAGUACAUUAGCUUGACUUAAAUUAUAAAAAAAAAUAUAUAUGAAGAAGAAUGUAGACCCUAUAAUGUUUUUUGUCUUUGACUUUUUGGCUUUUAUGUGCCUCAUUCUUUCUGAUUGAGAACAAGUUUUGAAAAGGUGAUUCACUUGUUGGUUUUCAUGGCAAAACUUUAAAUUUUAAGUCAUCACACUAUGAGAAUUGUUUGUACACAUUUAUAAUUUUUUUAAAGUAUGUAAAGUAAGGAUUUUUUCUCCAUUCUUCACUCACAAAGGAUAGCAUUUUUAUGGAACCUAGAUUUACAAAGGAACUCGUGAUUCUUUUCAAUGCUUUUAUGUCGUUUUACAACUGAUUAAGAAAAAAUGUUUACAUUUAAUUCAGCUGUAUUUCCUAGUAGCUGUAUAAUCUUACACAUUAUUCUUAUAUAAUUUUGACCUAUUUUAUAUGAAAAUAAUUGUAUUGGCAUCUCUUCAUAAUUUAAUUCUCUUCUCUCCUUCUUUUGUUCCGAUUAGAUGAAUUUGGGAAAGGAGUAGGAAGACUAGGUAUCACAUGCCUUCCGUCUGAUUGUAAUCAGUCUCCUGGGUGUUUUACUAAUUUAAUCUUAAUCCUGUGCUUCUUUAGUCAUCAAACUGAUAUAGGAUUACAAUUUUCUCUCAGGAUCCAAGUCUUCUAAGAAUGAAAAUGUUGAAGUCUACCCAGAACCAGCCAUCCUUGUAGACAUUUCUAUUUGGUUGAUUUAUAAAGAUUUAAUAUGAGUUAAACAUGUUUCUUAUUCUGUGAUCUCUAAUUAGAAAGUAAAAUUCUGUUGCCAUAAAUAUAAAAGAAAGUUUUCACUUAUAUUUUAGUCAAACACCAAACCACUACAUUACUUACUUCCUAUAAGACACAGUAGUUCAAUCUGUUGAAAUGCAUUGAAGGAUAAUUUCCUUCAGAUUACUUUUUAAAUCAUCAUCUGCCUCAGGAAAUUCUUUCUUGAAUUUUUUUGUUGGUGUGAAAGCGUUGCUUAUACUUUAUGCUCGUUUUAUUGGUCACUGUCACCAGUUUUUCCCGAUAAAGAUUAAAAAUGUUUUUUACCUUGAAAUAAUUCAGAUUUUGAAGAUUCACUAUUUCAUUAUUUUGCUAAUUACCAUUAACUAGUAAAGUUAGUUUUUAAAGUUUUUUUAAGGUUGAUAUUUUAUCAUAUUCCUGGGGUAGGAUGGAUUACUUUAUUAUUAUUGUAGCUUUAAGGUUUUUUGUUGUAUAAGUCAGCUUGUUUGUAUGUGCUAAAUUGCAGAUAUUUCUUUGUGUUGUGCUUAUUGUUUUUUUUUUUUUAACUUAGAGCUUAAUAAUUUCUAUUUUCUAUCCUGGAGUCUAAAAUUAAACAAAAAAAUCUAUUUUCUAAAUUGGCAGGAUUUUUUUAAUGAUUAGUAAAAAUGUAUUAUUUUAUUUUUAAGAAUACAAUAGGAUUUUGAGUCAGGAAACUUGACUUCUACUCUUGCCUCUCUUUUGCAGUUAGCUGUGUAACUUUGGAUAAGGCAUUUUAUCUCGUGGUGCCUCCAUUUUUCUCAUUCUCUAGGGAACAAGAGAAUUAGUUUAGGUAGCAUCUAAAAUUCCGCCCAGCUCUCAUUUGGUUCUCAUUUGACCAUUUUAUAAUCAUUAUUUUGGCUCAUUUUUAUUCUUCUUAUUCAUCCCAUGAACUAGAUCAACUUGUAUUAUUUUACUAGAUCAACCUGUAUUAUUUUACUAGAUCAACCUGUAUUAUUAACGUCAUUUACAUGUAAAUUGAUGGGAUUCAGAUAUUUUAUCAACUUUGUUUUUCCAUUAGUGAUUUUAAGUAAUUUUAAAGAAGGAAAAUUAUAUUACAGAUAAUAAAAAUGAAAGAAAGUUAUAAAUAUUGGACAUGGCUUUUUUAAAUGGGAAAGUCUUCUUAAGCACCAAUAUAAGCACCUUAAAUUGAUACAUAGAAAAGAAUGACAUAACGUUUUGUGGUCUUUGUUCUCUUAAAUAUGAAUAUAGCUAGUUAGCCUAAAAUUUACACAAAUGUAUUCAAGAUCAAAUUAGUGAACAAAGCAAUGGUUCAUAUGGCUAAUUUAAAAGCUAUUCAAUUUACCAAUAUUAAGAUAAUUAUAAAAUGUAAAAGAAAUUUCAGAGGAGUUGAUUGAAAAUUUUUUGUUCAGUAAUUAUUCUUAAACUGCAUUCUUAGGUUUAUUACAUAAAUAUAGUUGCCAGAUUGCCAUGGGCAAGUGAAUGUCUUCAUUUGAAAUAUUAUUAGAGAUCAAUGUGGCUUGUUGUUUUUAAUUUUUUUCUGGCUAUACAGAAAAUGUUUCUGGAAAAAUUCCUUAAUUGUCAUCUGAUAUAAUGUAGAGAUUGAGGCCAGACGCAGUGGCUCACACCUGUAAUCCCAGCACUUUGGGAGGCCGAGGUGGGCAGAUCACCUGAGGUCAGGAGUUCGAGACCAGCCUGAUCAACAUGGCAAAUCCCCUUUUGUACUAAAAAUACAAAAAUUAGCCGGGCGCAGUGGCUCACGCCUGUAAUCCCAACACUUUGGGAGGCCGAGGCGGGCGGAUCACGAGGUCAGGAGAUCAAGACCGUCCUGGCUAACAUGGUGAAACCCUGUCUCUACUAAAAACACAAAAAAAUUAGCCGGGCAUGGUGGCGGGCACCUGUAGUCCCAGCCACUAGGGAGGCUGAGGCAGGAGAAUGGCGUGAACCCGGGAGGCGGAGCUUGCAGUGAGCUGAGAUCGCACCGCUGCACUCCAGCCUGGGCAACGGAGCGAGACUCUAUCUCAAAAAAAAAAAAAAAAAAAAAAGUAGAGAUUGCAUUAGUUCCAUAUCUCCGCAGAGUUCUCUGGUAGAUUAAAUGUUCUCUGUGCACUAGGCCAAGGAAGUUCCUGUUACCUUUGAAAAUCAUUGUGUUUGCUCUGAUUGUCUACAUUAGCUCAUAUCAAUCUUUUGAACACUGGUUCAAAUCUGGGUGUUGGGUUAGGAUCUGAUGAGUAGAGAAUAGUGGAAAGUUGAUAUAGGAAGGUAUACUGGUUUCUGGUGUGAUUCUUUAGCUACAUUUAUUCCUUGUCUUAUGUCAUUUCACUGGAUCAUGUAACUGUCCUGGCUUUCAGAAAUUAUAUUAGAUGCCCAGCCUUUCUCAUUCAGAGAUGCCUGUAUUAUUAUGUUAUUUCAAUUGCCUACCAAAAAAAAAAAAAAGAAAAGGUUUGUUUUUAGUUCUCUGCCUCUGCAAGUCUUUGUGAUCACAUUUGUUAAAUUGAAUCUGAGAUUCAAAUAUUUCAUUUAAUAUUUUCUGGGUUUUGAUAAUGGGAUAUUCUGUAAGAUAAAGCAAGUAAUCCUAGAGUGGUUUACUUUAUGUUUAGCCAUCCACCAUUUUCCUAUUUCUCUACUCCUCCCAUUCUCCAUUUUUAAAAGGAAAUUUACAAAUGUCUUCCUUUAUCCCUGCCUCAGAUAAUUUUUCCCUGAACUCAUCUUGUCAGCAGAAACAUUUAAUGUGAAAUAAUUCUAUAUUUCUGAGACAAGAUCAACACAGUAGUUCUUUACAUUGAGCUGAGGUGAAUGUAUACUUAAAAAUACUCUAUUUUCUUUUUAUAUGAACUUAAAAUUUUAAAAAUCAUAUAUGGGACUCCCCAAUGUGAAAAUAUUAGUCUGGACAUUCUGUUGCCAUCAGGUGCUAUUUCUACCUUAGCUGUGAGUCAGACUAAAUCCAAAUUUUGUAUCAUUCAUCUUUUUAUAAUAUUUGACUUCCCUAGAAUCACCCCAUUUCAUGUCUUUAACCCCAACUUCCAACAGCUUUUCUGCUUUUAUUUUCAAAUGUCAAAUUGUAUUUUUGUGUUUUAUUUUCUCAUUGAAGUGUAAAAGUAUCACAUAUAUGAAGGAAUGGCUGGUUUAGACAUUUACUUUGGCAUAGUAAAGAUUGAUAUUGAUACCACCCACCAUCCUUUCCUCUAGCCCCAGAAAGAAAAGUUUGACAACUCAAAAACGAUUAAAUUAUCUUAUCUUGUUAUUUAAUAGAACAAUGGAAGCUGUUUCAUCAAAAUUAAAAUACUUUACCAAAAAAAUACUUUUUUGUAUUUUAAUCUGAUAGUGAAUUUGGGGAUUAUUUAUGUAAAUGUAUCAUAAUUAAUAGUAAUUAUGAGUUAUUUCACUCUCUGUAAUUUGUGAUACCCAAGAUUCAUAUUUAUUUAAUGUGAGGUGUUUUUUGAGGCUUUUUUGUUUUAUCUUGUUUUCUUAACUUUUUACAGUGUUGUUAGAUUAUCGCGGUCAUCUCGGCAUGUGGAUCUCUCCUCCUGUAGAUCAGCUGUUCUCUCUUAGAGUCAGGACAAGGAGGUUUUUGCUACAUGGUCAUAGUUGGAUAAUACAGUAUUAUUCUGAACUAUCUGAAAUUGCUGGUUUUAUUGGUCAAAAAUGAUCAGAUGCUAGCAAUUUCAUAAUAGAUAUAUUCAAGAAGGAACCAAACUUUAAAAGAUCUUUUAGAAUAGGUAUGUUAACUUCUCAUCCUAACCCUAUCAAUAUAUCAGAGGCUUUGUGAAGGAGACUCUACAGAUAACCACAAAUCUUAUCAAGAAAAUUCUCCUUAAAAAAAGUUAUCCUUUAUUUUGUUGUUAAAUUUCCCAGUUUUUAAAAGUGUUUUAUCAAAAUGACUUCAUAAUUGAAGCAAAUACCUUUUGGAAGUAUAUAUGUUACAUAAGACUUUCACUAAAUCUGUGCGUAGUUUAAAGCUUUUAUAAUCUGAGAUAUUGUUAUGUAUUAGGUUCGUGCAAACCUAAUAUAAAAGGGUUCAUCUGUAAGUAUCAUUUAGAGGCAAAAUAAUUUUCCCCCUCACAUCUAAUGUGGACUCAAAUUUUGGCAACUGGAAUGUUAUCCUCUUGGUAGGCAUUCUAAAUUAAUGAAUACUGCUAUGUGGUGUAGUAAACAAAUUUGCCAUAAAAUGCCAUUUAAGGAUUUUCUUUUUACCUUUAUUUCAUUAUAAGAAUAAAAGUAUAUGAGUUGAAGAUCAUAUAAAAAAUAUGAAACUCCUACACAGGAAAUCCCCAAUUUUGUGAUUUAAUAGGUUGUAAAAAGAGUUGUUCCAAAUUCAGACUACAUCUCAUCAUAUAAAUAAUAAGGGUAAAAGAUUAGCCAACAAAAGCUAAUCUAGUACACCCCGUAGAGGUACUCCAGGUGUCUUGGUUUUGGAUAAAUUUUUAUAGUGGAGAAAGGUUACUUUGAUCUCUCAAUAAUUGCUUGGUACACUUCUUCCUAGGCAAUAUGCUCAUGAUACCCUCUUCAUGUGACCUAUUCCUCAAAUGCUGCAUUCUCCAAAACUUCCCUACCUGCCUUCUAUCCCCUAGUCAUUCUUAUCAAUACUUCCAAAAUAUAACCUAUCUCAAGUGUUAGAAAUUUGCUUUAACUAAUUUAUAUUAAAGUGUUAGUGACUAUAGCCCUUUUAUCUCUCUUAAAGAGAAAUCUGCAUUAAAAGCAAACACGUUGCUGUUAGCUCAAAUUAAUGUCAGUGAGUAGAAUCUUAAGCUUUAAAACAAAAGUGGAAAUAAUUUAAAUUAGUGUUGAUGGGACUAUUUUGAGGCAAGAGAUACCAUUAAGUGACCUAGCUUGGAAAUCUGCCCCCUUUGCCCAAACCCAUGUGAUGUCUGAAACUGCUGUAUAUUUUCAGUGACCUUGAGAAAGGGAGCUAGUCAUUUGUAUUUAUGGGCCUUAUGAAGUCAGGGCCUGCUGAUCCUGUUUUUUAAGUUCAAGGGCAAUGCCUGAAGCAUCCUAGAUCUCCUUCACCCUCGUUCUACCUGACGGACAGCUAGGUCUGUCUUCCAGCUCUUUCUCAUUGAUACUACAUUUACAGAUGAAUACUAUCCAUGCUUGUUAAAAAAAAAAAAAAAAAGUCUUUCCCCAUUUUACUGUUACAAUUUUUCAAGAGCUAUAAAGGUAGAAAAGGUAUUCCUUUUCAUUAUUCUAAAAAAUAUAUCAUUUUUAAAUAGCUGGCACUUAGCAGUUUAGUUUUCCAAACUUUAUUCUGAAUCAAAUUGCUGAGGUGAUUCUAAAUGUCUAAUGUUGAUUUAUCAUAUAAACAUCUAAUUAGAAAGUGUUUAUGCUAAAGACUUGUAUUUUGUGGCAUUAGUUCUUCAUGUUUCUUUUUUAUAUGUUUAUUAAAAUUGUUCACUUCCAAAUGAGUGGAAAAGUUGCUGUUGUUGGGAUGUACAGGGCAAGUGCACUUGGUUAGAGCAUGAACUGGGAAUUUCACAUUCGCUGAUGUGCUUUGCACUCUGCUCUUGUAGAUUUAUUUUGUUUACAGUAGACUGAUGUCAGUUUUUGUAAAUGUUUUUUCUUAGCACUUUAACUGUGAGUGUACAAACUGAUUUUAAAUGUAGUGGUUGUAUAUUUUGGUUAUAAAUUGGAGUUUUUUAAUAAAAUUAAAUAAUUCUCUUUUC